AUCCCCUUCAAGAAGAUCACAUUCAAGAAGAUCACAUUCAAGAUCGCACUCAAGAUCACAUUCAAGAUCACACUCAAGAUCACAUUCAUGAUCGCACUGAAGAUCACAUUCAAGAUCAUAUUCAAGGUGUUGAAUCAGAAGCAGGGGAAGUAG